UUUAACUGCGUGAUAGUUACUAGUUUGACGAGCAUUAGAAAACUAGGCAGUAGCUUAAGUAAGUGUACAGUGACAUCAGUGCGUUCUGGAUACAAUGGAUGAAAGUAUUAGUGAUAAUUAUCAUGAAGAUAUCAACAUGAAAUCUAAAUCUGUUGAUCAAGAAGCCACUCUACUAGAUGACAAUGAUAUUGCAAAAAUAAUUGAACGUAAAACAGGUGUGUCGAAUCAAUCGGUAAUAAACUGGCGUCUCGAGCCAAUCACAAGUUCUUACGGAUUCUUGGGAUCGUACUACCAACUCAUUGUCACAGUCAGCAAGAGUAAUAAUAUCAAUGGUGAAAGUAAUGAUAUUGGCGCGAAAAAUACAGAAUACCAUUUUUUUGCAAAAACUCUACCGGUGUCGGGGCCACAACGUGAGGUUGUGUUGCAAAUAGGAAUUUUUAACAAAGAGAUUGUUAUGUAUGAUGAUAUGAUACCGAGGAUUGGUAGUAAAAGAGAAUCCAAUUGGUCCCCGGAGUGCUAUUUGUGCAAACGAGAUGUCAUCAUUGUGAUGGAAGACCUUAAGCAUCAGAAUUAUACAACACUUGGAAAAGAAGUGAUAUUUGAUUAUGACAUUCUUUCAAGUCUCUUUGAAACUUUCGCCAAGUUUCAUUCAAGAUCCUUGAUUUUUGAAGAGCAGUUACGUGCCCAAGGUAAAACAUUACAAGAUGUUUGGCCUGAUCAGCUCAAUAUUGGACUUUUUAGUAACCACGAAAAGUCAAUACUGUAUCGAAAAUCAGCACUUAUGGGAAUUUUUUGUAUGGUUAAAGCCAUUGAUAAUCUCACAGACAAUCAAAAAGACAUAAUAAUUAAUAAAAUUACCAGGUGGUUUGAAUGUUUAGUGGAAGCAUUCAAGCCAUCAUCUAAAUACCGCAACGUCAUAGCUCAUCAAGAUGUUUGGACAGCCAAUGUCAUGUUUCUGAUGGAUGGUCAAGGUAAACCUCAAAAGUGUCGUCUGAUUGAUUUUCAAUUUUACGGGUAUCUCAAUCCAGCUAUGGACCUAAUGGUAUCAUUCUACAUGACUACUAAUCGUAUGAUCCGUGACAAUUUCUCCGAUACGCUUAUUCAAUACUAUUACAACUGUGUAAAACAGUGCUUAGAAAAUGAAAGUCUUGACAUAGAAAAAAUUUUACCAUGGAAUGAAUUCAAACAAUCUUGCAAAGAUGCACGACCUUGGGGAUUGAUGUGCUCAUUGAUCAACUUACAACUUGCGCUUCUAGAUGACCAUGUUCGUGAAAAAUAUUACGUACGUUCUCCUGAGCUACUUGAAAACAUUUCGCUCGGCAGUGGACGGAUUGAACUUGUCUCAAUGCAGUUUAAAACCAAUCAGCUGUACCGAGAGAGACUCACAGAAAAUAUUUUCGAAGUUCUUGAACAAUUUUCUGACCAAGUAACGGUUUAGUUGGACGGUUAAUAAGUCUAAGGAUAUUAUUUGUUACAGUUGCAGAAUCUUAUCUGUAUGCUUGAUCAUAUUUCUUAACGACAAUUUCAAAAAAGAAACUUUUUUUUUCCAUACACAAUAUAAAUAUAUGUUUUUAUAUAUGAU